ACAGUCCAAACACGUAAGAUUCUCACUACCAAAUUAGAGAAAGUAAACUCUCCGUAAAACAUAAAAAAAAAUAAUUUAAAAAAUAAACGACAAAGGACAACUGAAGAAGCACUCCGUGUAUAUAAGAUAACCACCACCACCACCAUCACCAAUAGGCCAGACCAUCCGAUUCCUAUUCCUCUCCUCAUUCACUCCCGGUUUUAACCUCUUUGCUUCUCAUCUGAGAGCCCAGUAGCCCACGGAGAAAACUAUAACACCCCGCUCUCUCAACUUUCACUCGUCAGGCCACAGAGAUUUGAAGUCAGAGAGAUAGUGAGAGAGAGAGAGAGAAAGAAAGAAAGAAAGAGCGUGCAAGCAUUAUAUUUUUGCUGAUCGCCACCAUUAAUGCUUAUCAGCAGCAAACCGUGACUUGAGCCAAGCUCUCUUUGCUUUUUUCACGGACUUGCAAGACGCCAGAAAGCAAUCAAUCAAACCAAAAGAUAAAAAAUUAUUAAAAUCUCCAAGGCUUUUUUUUCUCUGUUUUUUUUUUUUUGGUGGGGGUGGUAAAGAGUGGAACUGCCUGAAAUGGAGCUGAGUAAGGUAACUUUGGAGAUCUUCACGAAACUUGAGCAAAAAUGGCUAUCACACUGUGAAACCACUAAGAAGAUUCGAAUCCUCUGCAUCGACGGUGGUGGAACCACCGGCAUUGUCUCUGGUGCCGCUCUUAUCCACCUUGAAGAGCAGAUCCGCCUCAAAACUGGUGAUCCGCAUGCUCAAAUUGCUGAUUUCUUCGACAUGAUCGCUGGCACCGGUGUCGGUGCUGUUCUUGCUGCCAUGCUCUCUGCCGAUGAUGGUACAGGCCAUCCGCUUUUCACUGCUAGAGAGGCUGUCAAGUGUGUCACUCAGAAUAACUCCGAGCUGUUCAAAGUUAAUAAGCUUGCCGGAGUUCUGCACCGGCAGAAGCGAUUCUCGGGUAAGAGCAUGGAUAAGGCGCUGAAGGAAAUGUUUAAGAGAGAAGAUGGAACGGUUUUAACACUGAAGGACACGUGUAAGCCUCUCCUGAUUCCUUGCUUUGACCUCAAGAGUUCUGCUCCCUUUGUUUUCUCUCGCGCCGACGCUUCCGAAUCACCUAGCUUCAACUUCGAGCUUUGGAAAGUGUGCCGCGCCACGUCAGCCACUCCCCGCCUCUUCAAACCUUUCGCAUUGACAUCUAUCGACGGUAAGACCUCCUGCUCCGCUGUGGACGGCGGUUUGGUCAUGAACAACCCUACAGCCGCGGCGGUUACACACGUGCUCCAUAACAAGAGGGAUUUCCCGUCGGUUAAUAGUGUGGAGGAUCUGCUGGUUUUGUCGUUAGGCAACGGUCCGUCGUGCGGAAGGUCAAAGGUCCGCGAUAACGGCGAGUGCUCAACUUCCUCCGUUGUUGACAUUGUGCUGGACGGAGUCUCGGAGACCGUAGACCAGAUGUUGGGGAACGCUUUUUGUUGGAACCGUACGGACUACGUUAGAAUUCAGGCAAACGGACUGGGGAGAGAAAGGAUGGUGGCGCCGAGAAUGGAGGAGGUACUGAAGGAGAAAGGAGUCGAGUCCUUACCGUUUGGCGGGAAGCGGUUACUGACGGAGACUAAUGGACAGAGAAUUGAGAGCUUUGUGCAACGUCUUGUUGCCUCCGGAAAAUCCAGCCUUCCUCCAAGUCCCUGCAAGGAAUCGGCCGUUAGCCCACUUGCUAACGGCCGUUAGCUACUUUCUUUUUCCUUUUCUUUUCAUAAAUUUUUUUUUGUCCUUUCCUUUGUUUUUACUUUUAUUUUUGUUUUCUCUCUCUUAACCCUUUUGUAAGUUACCAACCUCGAGUUUUACUUUAACCGUGCCCUACAUAUGGAGCAAAAAUAGCUGCUGCUAAUUAGUGGAUGUCUGGGUUGUGGCGGAAUUAGUGUAGAUUAAUUAGUAUUAAGUUAAUGAUGAUUUAAAUGACAUGCCAUUAUUAUUGCCAA